GGGAAAGGGAAGGAACGGAAAGGAACGGAAGGGAAAAGAAGGGAAGGGAAGGGGAACCGCCUGCCCUGUUGCUGCUUGGCCGGAAUGAACAGUCUGGAGAAAGUGAGCGGCGGGAGCCGGUCCUUUUCCAGCCCCGCUAAGAGCCGCACGGACGGCGGGCUAAAAGCAGCCCCCCAGCCCCGACCUAAGCCAAACCAAUCUCCCCGGACACCGGAGGCCAAUUAAAGUUUUCCUGCCGCCCAGCUGUUCCGGGUCUCCUCGACUCGCCGGCGACCCGCGGCUGUGCCUCUUCCAUCCCGGUGCGCGAGGAGAGGCAUGUCCAGCGCUUCCAGGAGCGUCUCCUCUGCUUCUCUCUCCUCUCCUUCCCUCGGCAGGAGCAGGACCGGCGGGGGACGGUGCCGGGAGCCGGGGGCUGCGCCAGGACGAGCGGGAGACUGUCCUGCGGGCCGAUGCGUUGAGCGGCCGGGGAUUGGAGGGAGGGAGGCCGGGCCGGCCGCUUUUCCCGUGCGGACCGUCGAAGGGGAGAGGCCGGUUUGGGGGGAGGGAUUUUUGUCGCUCAAGGAGAGAGUCCGGUUCUUUUUUGACCCGGUUUGAUUUGGGGAGGGGGGGCUCUUUCGGCCCCCGUUGGUGUCUUUUUUUUUUUUCUUCCUUCCCGGGGAGGGAGGGGGGUGUGGUCCGUCCGUCCCCUCGAGGAUGGUGCCCGCUUGGCUGUCGGUGUUGGCGUUGGCCUGCCUGGGCGCGGAGGGCGUCGCGGGGCAGCUGCAGUACUCGGUGAAGGAGGAGGAGGCGGAGGGCACGGCGGUGGGCAACAUCGCGGUGGACCUGGGCCUGUCCCCGGCGCAGCUGUCGGCGCGGCGCUUCCAGGCGGUGUCGGGCUCGCGGACGCCCUACCUGUCGGUGGACCUGGGCACGGGGGCCCUGUCGGUGCGGCGGCGGAUGGACCGCGAGGCGCUGUGCCGGCAGAGCCCGUCCUGCCUGCUGCCCCUGGAGGUGUUCCUGGAGGCCCCGCUGGAGCUGUUCCGCGUGGAGGUGGAGGUGCUGGACAUCAACGACCACGCGCCGGCCUUCCCGCGCCCGGACCUGGCGGUGGAGAUCUCGGAGGGCGCGGCGCCGGGCACCCGCCUGCCGCUGGAGAGCGCCGCCGACCCGGACGCGGGCACCAACGGCCUGCAAGACUACCGCCUGUCGCCCAACGACUUCUUCUCGCUGGACGUGCAGACGCGGGCGGACGGCAGCCGCUUCGCCGAGCUGGUGCUGGACCGGCCGCUGGACCGGGAGAGCCAGGCGGUGCACCGCUACGUGCUCACCGCGGUGGACGGCGGAGGAGGGCGAGGAGGAGCGGGAGGAGGGGGCGGACGAGGAGGAGGAGGAGGGGGGCACGGAGGACCCGGCCCCCCGGACCGGCCCCGGCAGACGGGCACCGCCCUGCUGACCGUCCGCGUGCUGGACUCGAACGACAACGCGCCCAGCUUCGCCCAGCCCGCCUACACCGUGUCCCUGCCCGAGGACUCGCCGCCGGGCACCCUGGUGCUGCAGCUGAACGCCACCGACCCGGACGAGGGCCCCAACGGCGAGGUGGAGUACGCCUUCGCCAGCCACGUGUCGGCGCGGGCCCGGGCCCUGUUCGCCCUGGGCGCCCGCAGCGGCCGGCUGGAGCUGAGCGGCGCCCUGGACUUCGAGGAGAGCCCCGCCGAGCAGCUGGUGGUGCAGGCCCGGGACCGCGGGCCGGGCGCCGUGCCGGCCCACUGCCAGGUGCUGGUGAGGGUGCUGGACGCCAACGACCACGCGCCCGAGCUGGCGUUCAGCACGCUGGCCGAGGCGGUGAGCGAGGCGGCGGCGCCGGGCACCGUGGUGGCCCUGUUCAGCGCGGCCGACCGCGACGCGGGCGCCAACGGACGGGUGCGGUGCCAGCUGCUGGGCGGGGCGCCCUUCCGCCUGCAGCCGGCCGCCCGGGGCGACUACUACGCCGUGGUCACGGCCGGGCCGCUGGACCGCGAGGCGCUGGCCGAGCGGGCGAGGGGCGGCGACUUCGACGCCGCCGGCCACGUGGACGGCCCGGAGCUCGACGCCGCCGGCCACGUGGACGGCCCGGAGCUCGACGCCGCCGGCCACGUGGCCGGCCCCGAGCACCGCGACGACGACGACCCGGAGGAGGAGGAGGCCUACACGCUGACCGUGGUGGCCCGCGACGGCGGGUCGCCGCCCCUGUCCAGCAGCCGGUCCUUCCGCGUGCGCGUGUCGGACGAGAACGACAACGCGCCCCGGUUCAGCCAGCCGGCCUACGACGUGUUCGUGGCGGAGAACAACGUGCCCGGCGCCUACAUCUCGGCCGUCACGGCCACCGACCGCGACCGCGGGGCCAACGCGCGGCUGGCCUACGCCGUCCUGGACGGGCAGAUCCAGGGCAUGAGCGUGGCCACCUACGUGUCGGUCAACGCGGAGAACGGCUUCCUCUACGCGCUGCGCUCCUUCGACUACGAGCGGCUGCGCCGGUUCAGCUUCCAGGUGGAGGCCCGGGACGCCGGGCGGCCGCGCCCGCUGGCCGCCAACGCCACGGUGCGGGUGGUGGUGCUGGACCAGAACGACAACGCGCCCGCGCUGCUGGCCCCGCCGCCCGGGCCCGCGGGGGGCCCCGCCCGCCGCGCCCUGCCCCGCCGGGCCCCGCCGGGCUCCCUGGUGGCCCGCCUGGCCGCCGCCGACGCCGACGACGGCGACAACGGCCGGCUGAGCUUCGCGCUGGCCCGGGGCAACGAGCUGGGCCUGUUCCGGCUCGACUGGCGCUCGGGCGAGCUGCGCACCGCCAGGCCCCUGCCCGCCCCGCCCGAGCCCCGCCGCCCCUUCGAGCUGCUCCUCGAGGUCCGGGACCACGGACAGCCGCCGCUCUCCGCCACCGCCACGCUGCUCGUCCGCCUGGUCGACGGCGACGGGGACCCCGACGGGGACCCGCCCGACGGGGACCCUCCCCCCGGUGGAGGAGGAGGGGGCGGCGGGGGGGCCGGGGGCGCCCGGCCCUCCGGAGGCCCCGGCGAGCCCGCCCUCGACCUCACCCUCAUCCUCAUCGUCGCCCUGGGCUCGCUCAGCUUCAUCUUCCUGCUGGCCAUGAUCGUCCUGGCCGUCCGCUGCCGCAAGGACCGCAAGCUGGACCUGUACACCUGCCUGGCGCGGGGCGGGGGCGGGGGCGCGGAAGGGGCCGCGGACUCCGCCUGCUGCUGCCCCUGCUGCUGCUGCCCCCCGUGCCGCCGCCGCCGUCGAGGGAGCGGCCCCGGGGCCCCCGCGGGCUCCGCCGGCGGGGCCGGGGGCCCGUCGUGCUGCAGCCGCCAGGCCCGCGCCCGCAAGAAGAAGCUGAGCAAGGCGGACAUCAUGCUGGUGCCCAGCGCCAACGCGCCCGGGGCCCCCGACCCGCCCGACGCCGCCGGCCCCGGGGGCUUCGGCGGCCCCCACCACCCCCACCACCACCACCAGCCGCCGCCGCCGCCCGGGCACAACUACUGCUACCAGGUGUGCCUCACGCCCGAGUCCGCCAACACCGACCUGGUGUUCCUCAAGCCCCGCAGCCCCGCCUGCAGCCCCGCCCGGGGGCCCGGGCCCGGCCCCGACGGGGACCCCAACCCCGGCCCGGGACCCGGACCCUGCGCGGGCCUGGGCGCCGGCUACCCCGACCAGCAGCCCGACAUCAUCGCCAACGGCGGCGUCCUGUCCACCGAGGCCAAGCACCAGCGAACGGAGCUCAGCUAUCUGGUUGACAGGCCGCGGAGAGGAAACAGCUCCGCCUUCCAGGAAGCCGACAUGGUGAGCUCCAAAGACAGCGGCCACGGGGACAGCGAACAGGGGGACAGCGACCACGAUGCCGCCAACCGAGGUCAGUUAGCGGGCACGGAUCUGUUCUCCAACUGCACGGACGAGUGCAAGGCCCUGGGCCACUCGGACCGCUGCUGGAUGCCCUCCUUCGUCCCUCCCGACGGCCGCCAGCCCACCGACUACCGCAGCAACCUGCACGUGCCCGGCAUGGACGCCAUGCCCGGCCUGGAGGCCGGGCCGGAUGCCCACCUGCUGCUGGAGCCGCCCGAGGCUCAGCCCGGCCCCGCCGAGCGCUCCUUCUCCACUUUUGGCAAGGACAAGGCCCUGCCCGGAACCCUGGACAGGAAGGAGCUGGAUGGCCUGCUGACCAACACCCGAGCGCCUUACAAACCGCCCUACUUGAACGGCUCCCAGCUUCUCCCUGACUUGGUCCACUGGCCCUGGACUCAGACCUGAGCGAGGUAUGCCCUGCGGGAUGCGGCCCCGACAAGAGGGGUAGUGCAAGGCCGGAGGCCAAGCAAGGUGCCAAGGAGAGGAAGACGCCCACCCUGGCCUGGUCUGGCCUGGCCCGGCCUGGCCCGGCCUGGCCCCGGCCACUUCCUCGCUCGCGCCUCUCCCAGAAGAACUCUGACUCGAAAAAGCCCGCCCCUUACGAAGAUCUCAGAGCCGAGACCGCAGGAACUUGAUCCGUUAUUGAAAUUGGUUGCUAACACGAUUAAAUCUUAUUUAAUACUCCCCCCCGAUCCCCAAGCCAGACUCUUUGUGAUGGGGGUGAAGUGGGUCCUGUGCUCGGGAGGGAGCCAGCAAGGGGUGAGGAUCAAUCAAUCAGGUUUAUUUAUUGAGCGCUUGCUGUGUCUGAAAUUGGUGGACACGUUCCCUGCCCACGGUGAGCUUACAGUCUGAAGGGGGAAGGCCAUGUUGGUCACCAAAGUCUUGGGGCUGCUCAGAGAAGCAAUGUGGCCUAGUGGAGAGAUCGUGGGCCUGCAUGUCAGGAGAGCCGGGUUCUAAUUCUGGAGCUGCCAUUCGUCUGCUGGGAGACCUUGGCCACUUCAUUUCUUUGGGCCUCCGU